GGAGAUGGAGGAAGUGACAACUAAAGAGCGCAUAUGUGUGUGUGAGAGACUGAGUGGGAGGAGAGAGCGUGAGGGAGGAGAAUCAGCAGCAGAUGAGGAUGCUCACUGGGAGUGUGCGGCACUCUUAAGAGCUGAGAGUGAGGCCAGCAGGUGAACGACUGACGGGAAGCAGCAAGUGAGCUGACUGAAAGCUGGAGAGAGAGAGAAGAGUGAAUGCAGAGAGAGAGAGAGGAGAUAACUGUGAAAGAGAGAGGGAGGGAGACGGGAGCUUAACCAGAGGAGAAGCGUAGACAGUGAGUCAUCUGCCAGAGUGCUGGUCACUGUCCGGACUUCCCAGGGAGAGCCCAGCUGCCUCUGUGUGAGUUAAGUUUGCUCCUCCGCUCUACGCAGGACAUCAGGUUCGCCCAGAUGACACGCUGUGACUUCUUCACACGGCUGAUUUCUGUGGAAACAAGAUGGGAGUGACCCCAGAAUUUCUGCAACACUAGAGCCCCAGCUGUUCCAGCCUACACUCCCAUACACCAGCUCGCCAUUACACAAGACCCCAGAUAUAUUUGAAAUGAUUGAAAAGAUGCAGGGCAACAGGAUGGACGAGCAGAGAUGCACCUUUCCUCCCCCUCUCAAGACAGAGGAGGACUACAUUCCAUACCCAAGUGUCCAUGAGGUGCUGGGCAGAAAAAGCCCCUUUCCUCUCAUCCUCCUGCCGCAGUUUGGGGGUUACUGGAUUGAAGGGACCAACCAUGAGAUGAGUGACACAGUGGACAUAGAGCAGCUGCAACCUCCGUCCCCAAACACCCGCACCAAGCUGGAAUGUAACACAAUAGCUAUGCUCUUCCGGAAACACUUCCUGGGCAAGGAACACUUUAAUUACUAUUCAGUGGACAGUGCCCUUGGACAUCUGGUGUUCUCGCUAAAGUACGAUGUGAUUGGUGACCAGGAACAUCUCCGUCUAAUGCUCAGGACCAAGCUGAAAACCUACCAUGAUGUGAUCCCCAUUUCCUGUCUGACGGAGUUUCCCAAUGUGGUCCAAAUGGCCAAGCUCGUCUGUGAAGAGGUCAAUGUGGAUCGUUUUUUUCCUGUCCUUUAUCCAAAAGCUUCAAGACUUAUUGUCACCUUCGAUGAACAUGUGAUAAGCAACAAUUUCAAGUUUGGGGUCGUCUAUCAAAAGUUUGGACAGACUUCAGAGGAAGAGCUGUUUGGCAACAGUGAAGAGAGUCCUGCCUUUGUAGAAUUCCUGGAAUUUCUAGGAGAGAAAAUUGAGCUGCACAACUUUAAAGGUUUCCGUGGAGGGUUAGAUGUGACUCACGGGCAGACUGGCACUGAGUCUGUCUACUGCAACUACCGCAACAAAGAGGUCAUGUUCCAUGUGUCCACAAAGCUGCCUUACACAGAUGGGGACACCCAGCAGUUGCAGAGAAAGAGGCACAUAGGGAACGACAUUGUGGCCAUCUUAUUCCAAGAAGAAAACACUCCCUUUGUACCGGACAUGAUCGCCUCCAACUUCCUCCACGCCUACAUCGUGGUCCAAGUGGUCAACCCGUGCACUGACAAUGUUCUCUACAAGGUGUCAGUCACAGCACGAGAUGAUGUACCUUUCUUUGGCCCGGCCCUCCCCAACCCUGCUGUCUUUAAAAAAGGCCCUGAAUUCCAUGAAUUCCUUUUUACUAAGCUCAUUAAUGCAGAGUAUGCCUGCUACAAAGCUGAGAAAUUUGCCAAAUUAGAGGAACGAACAAGGUCGGCCUUGUUAGAGACCCUUUAUGAGGAGCUUCAUGUGAACAGUCAGGCCAUGAUGGGUGUCGGAGGAGACGACGACAAACUGGAAAACGGGAGUGCAGGAGGAGGAGGCUUCUUUGAGUCCUUCAAGCGGGUGAUCCGCAGCAGGAGCCAGUCAAUGGAUGCCAUGGGUCUUUCUCUCAAGAAGCAGCACACAUUCUCUACUAGCUUCAGCAGCAGCUUUAACCACGAGCCCGCAGAGAGCCCCAAAAUCCCAGGGAUAUCAUUGCUUGUCCCAGGCAAAAGUCCCAGUAAAUAUGGACGUCGAGGCAGUGCCAUAGGGAUAGGAACAGUAGAAGAGUCUUUGAUAAUCCCGGGGAAAAGCCCGACCAGGAAGAAGUCUGGUCCCUUCAGCUCCAGGCGAAGCAGUGCCAUCGGUAUUGAAAACAUUCAAGAAGUCCACGAGAAGAGCAGCAGAGAGAGCUCCCCAAACACCCAGAAGACUCCUGACAGCGGUCACGUCUCGCAAGACCCCAAAUCUGACAACUCGUCCAACCAGAGCUCCCCUGAGGUGCUCACAACCACCAAGAACAGUUCUUAUCUCGGUGGCAGGGCCCCAUCCAUCCCCGAGGGUCAUGACCUCUCCCGCUCCUCCUCCAACGCCAGCAGCUUCGCCAGUGUGGUGGAGGAGAAUGAGACAGAGGCCACGGAGGACUAUGACACAGGCAUGGAGAGUCUGUCAUCUGCCGGAACGCCACACAAGCGAGACUCCUUCACCUACAGCACCUGGCUGGAGGACAGCGCCAGCAGCGCCAGCACUACCAGUCGGGGCAGCUCCCCAGGGCCUGGUAAACCUGAACGAGGGAAGGGGACAGACGUCCGUAUCAAACUGGAACGACCACACGAUCAUCAGUCCUCAUCGAACUGUUAGCUCCACCCAUCUGGUUGUAUCCUGGAUCUCCAUCUUCAGCAUUCCCAUAAGUCACAAUCCCUCUGAGAGGUGAGACAAGUGCAGGUGUUCGCCAUGAUCAAUGAUGACAAGGACGAAGAUGAGGAAGAUGAUAAAGAGGAGGAAAAGCAGGUGAAGCCUGGCCGGUCUGCUGCUCAGUGAGGGCCAGAGUGCAGCAUAUCCAGAAACCUGGAGGACACUGGAGAGGGUGACGCACAGAGAGGGGCCAGCUUUUGCACAGUGUUGUUUCCUUCCACUCUUUUCUUUGCCUGUUCUUUUCUUUGCCUGUUCACACAUCUGUUGCCUAAUUGUAUGGGGUUUUUUUUACCACACCUUUUGUUUCAAAGGCGCACAUUUUUAUCGACAAAUUGAAUAGUUUUAUUUGUAAAAGGUAUAACUUUGAUUUAGUUUGUGAUGUUGAAACCCAGUUGUGCUGGCUGACAGGGUAAGGACAGUGCCAUUGAGCUCUUUGUAGAGACUGUGACGACUUUUGCUGCAACAUAGAGAAGAUAAUCGCCUGGAUGGUUUUACCAAAUGAACAAAGGUUUCGGCUCAAUAAAGAUCUCUAAUGUAUACAUUGUACCAAAUAUUAAGCAUCAGAUAAGGGUGUUUUCAAACAAAAUGUCUAAUGUGAUAUAAGAUUUUUCUGUUGGAUGCUGUUUGGGUCCUGACACACCAAGCCGACUGUCAACCAUUGGUCAAUGUCAGGCUGUCGAUGAGCAUCUCUUGCGCUAAAUCCUGUGGUGUAUCCUGCACCAUUGACACUAGUAGGCCCUUUAUGGCUUUUUUUAGGCUGACACAGUGUGUUGAAUCAGCGUCAGAGCCCGUCGGUGAGUGAAAUCACUCUGAUUGGCAGUUCAGCUCAGUGCACAAGAAGAAAACCAAAGUGAGGAAAGUAAACAAAUGACUAAAUUCAAGAAGGCAUGAGAUCGAAACAAACUUGUUAUAUUAGCUAAGGUUAUUUUUUUAGCCACUGAGUUCUUUCACAGAAAUUAUACAUAAUUGUUUGUGUUAUUGUUUGCUGCCACGUGGUAAAUAGCAUUUGUUCUUUCAACAUUUGGCUGUGUUGUUAAUGUGCUAACUGGCUAACUAGUGUCUUGAUAUGUCUUGUCGGUCUUCUGGUUUCCCUUUUUGAAUGACAAAUACAGACUACCACCGUCUACUGGAGAGUUACUGCUAGGUGGUUGUUGGCUGUGGUCCCUACGGUAUGUUCAAGUGCAACUUUUUGGCCGAGACAAAGGCAACGUGAGGCGACACAACAGCCAGUCUUAGUCACAUAAAGUGUUUUUGAUGUCGGUUUGGUGUGUCUGGGCCUUUAAAUGUCAUUAUUUUCUGGGUUAAAAUCCAAAUAGAAGGACUGUAUAGCCACAGUUAAAGGAGUGUACUACUACUUCCUUUACAAUCAAAAUCUCCACAAGAUUAGAUCAGAAUUUAACACCACAGCUCACAGUGAAGAGAUAACAUGAAAUGGCCUUAAAACUUAAAGGGACAGUUCACCUCAAAAACAAAAUACAUAUUUUUCCUCUUGCCUGUAGUGCUGUUUAUCAAUCUGUGCAGUGAUGCAGUCAGAGGAUGUAGUGAAAGAAAAUAGUUCCUGCAUGAAACUGCUCACAACAAGGUCUGUAGAUUAUCUUGAGUAACAAGGUCAUGACCUCUGGAAGGAGACAUUGCUGUUGAGUUUUUCAAAUGUAUUUUUUUAUGCUUGGAGCACCACAAGCUGAGUGCCAUCUAGUUCCAUUAUAUUGGAGAGAAGGCAGACGUCUCUACAGUUGCUAUCUCAAAAAACUCAUCAACUCACACUAAAACAAACCACACUGAUAAAUAGCACUACAGGUAAGAUAACAAAUGUGUGUACUGUCUCUUUAAACAUGCAACUUCUUUGUCCCUCAGAUUUAUUUUACCUCACUUUUUUGACAUGUUCUGCAGCCAAUAAUGGGAUUGCAUUUUAGAUUAAUUGCAGAACUAAUGUAUUCAGAAUCAUUUUUAAGCACAUUAGUUUCUCAAAACAUAUCGCAAUACUGUUAUACUCCAGUGCUGUCUGUGUGGUCUGCUAAUGUAAUGGAUAUAUCCAUCAACAAGUGAUCUCAAUGCUUUGUCCGUCUUGUCUGUUGGUGAGUCUGUUGGUGAGUCUCUACAUUAUGUUAUGAGUUUCUUCUCUCUUUUAUGUUUUUAUUUAUUGAUUUGGUUCCUGUUGAAGUGGCAUUUAUAGCGUACAUCUGUUCUACUUUACCUCUAUGGUGACUACAUUCAGCAUCCUGCCAUGUGCUUUUACUGUAUGUGUUGCUUUUGAGUAAAUUAUGAAAUGUUCACAUCUGUAAAGCUCUGUCUAUUUCAAGGGUCGGAUCUCUUUCAGUGCAGUACAUUUGCAAUGCAAUUAUAAUAAAACAGUGAAUAUUUAUUUGCUUUUAAAGUGAUGAAAUAACUAAAUACAACUACUGAUUUUGUAAAUAGAUAUCCUAGUGGAGUACAUAGUGUAUAAUGCAGAGACCAUUGAGUUGAAAUGGGAUUGACCAACAUCCUGAAAACUGCCAAGUUAACAAUUUAUUGUUUUAUUUCUUGUACUUUUAUGUUUAAAUAUUAUUUUGAGAGGAGCAUUUUGUAGAAGAGAAAUAUUUUAAAAGCUAUUCCGACUGUUCUGUAAAAGGGAAAUCUCACAGUGCAUCCUGCUGAUCAUUUCAGUUGCCUUAUCAUCACAAUCUGAUGGUGUAAGUAUAGACAGUGAAGCAAAUGGUCAACAGCUGGCAGGAUUUACAAUGAAAUGAAUGUUUUGUUGUUGUUGUUUUUAUUGUAAAUAAAUGCCCUAAGACAUU